UCGGUUUGUCCCGAGGCCCCUCCCCUGCUGGCCGGCAGCAGCGUUGAAAUGACACCGUGGGAAAGCUGAGCGCUUCAAACUGAGACUCUCCGGGCUAACUUGGUUCAGAAGCGCGUCUGGAAGACACAACAGGAACACUGAAGGACUAUUGUGGACGAAUCAAGAUGAAGAGGAAUCACGAUUUCAGCUCCUCGGACAGCGAGUUGGAUGAGACUAUUGAGGUGGAGAAGGAGAGCGCGGAUGAGAAUGGGAACAUGAGCUCUUCUCUCGGGUCCAUGUCUCCAAUAACAUCAACUCAGGUGCAGGCGAGGAAAAGGCGUCGAGGAAUAAUCGAGAAACGGCGCCGUGACCGGAUCAACAACAGCCUCAGCGAGCUCCGCAGGCUGGUUCCCAGCGCCUUUGAGAAACAGGGCUCAGCCAAACUGGAGAAAGCAGAGAUUUUGCAGAUGACUGUUGACCAUCUAAAGAUGCUUCACGCUGCUGGAGGCAAAGGUUAUUUUGACGCCCAUGCCCUGGCUAUGGACUACCGUGGUCUGGGUUUCAGGGAGUGCCUGGCUGAGACGGCCCGUUAUCUGAGCAUAAUCGAAGGCUUGGACAGCGCGGACCCUCUGCGGAUCCGCCUGGUCUCCCACCUCAACAACUACGCCAGUCAAAGAGAGGCUCACUCUGGCCUGAGUCACCUGGCGUGGGGCUCUGCCUUUGGAUCCCCUCCCGCCCACCUCACGCACCCCCUCCUCCUCCAACACCAGCAGGGGGCACCGUUGGCAGCUUUAACCCGCAGCACCACCAGCAGCCCCCAAACUCCCCUUUCAUCUACAUCCACCUCUUCCUCCUCCUCCUCCUCUUCUUCUUCAUCCUCCUCGUCGGUCGCAGAGACUCACGUCCCAGGCAGGCGCAGCGGCAGUGCCACCCCCCACUCAGAUCAAGGCCCGAUCCGGGUUCCCCCAACCACUGCGGCUCCCGCCAGCGUACCACACCCGGCCCUGGUCUCCUCAUCAGCGUCCAAGUUCUCCCCUCCUCUCCUCUCCUCCCUCUCGGCGUUCCCCUUCCCCUUCAGCGCCUUCCCCAUCAUCUCCCCCGCCAUCAGCGCCCCAAUCCCCACGUCCAGUGUGGGCAAACCCUACAGACCCUGGGGAAUGGAGAUAGGAGCUUUCUGACUGAGAUGAAAACCUCCUCUCACUCAAAGACUCAAGCUGAGCUGGACUUUCAAGGACUAGACUUUUUUUUAUUUUCCCAUUUAAGAAAGUGCUAUUUUUCUAUGACAUUGACAUCCCACAGAGGGGUGCACCUAGAUAUAGGAUUUCUACCUUUAUUGCUAAUGUAUUGUGUUUUGUACAGAAGAGAAAAACAGUGAGGAAGGGGACCACGUCUAAACAGCAACAAGAGUGAUUUAUUGUGACUGAUCUCUGUUCCUGCCCACCCCUUUAGAAGUUUCACCCACUGUUGUCAGCCUAUCAGGAAUGGCUUUUCCAGAUGGUCAACCAGUCGCCGCCCGUCAAGUUCCUGCCUGAAACUGCCCCCCCCCCCCCUUUGUUUUCCCUCUGCGCUGAAGCAGCCAGUGUUGGUGCCCUGGUUACAUACAGAGAGGGGGAGUGUGAAAGGAGGACUUGAAGUAGUGGAGCGUCACCCCCUUUUUACAGCAUUUUAUGGGGUGGAAUAACCGUAACCAGGUGUUUGUUUGACGAAAUACUGGGAACAUAAUUUAGCUACCAGCUUGGUUGAAAUAAUCAUGAUUUACCCACAACCUCUGAGGUUCAUGGUGCUCCAUUGUUGAGGCUCGCUUCCCUAAGUUAUGUUUCCUCUCUACAGUAAAUGUAAGGCUUCACAUAUGUUUCACCAGUGUCUACCAGCUGUUCCACAUUUCCUUUUUGAUUUCUCGUGUAACUGAUGCUUGGUUGAUUUUAAUCACCUUUAUUUUAAAGUUAUUUUCUUGUCAAAGUAGCAGCAUUAUUGAUCUGUAAUUAUCAAGAGGGAGCUCAUUUGUAUCUGCCACAGUAUUUGCUGUAAAAAAAAAAAAAAAAGGCAAAACAGAUCAGUUUCCUUCUGUCCGCCUGAUAUUGUUGUGUCUCCUGGUAAACCUCACUGUUUUGAGUUUGUAUAUUUUAUGGUUGCACGAGCAAGCACUGACGAAUCCGAUUUCUCCGCUUGUCAGAGUUGUCGCUGGUGGUAAUGACAACUUCCCCGUAAUAAAAGAGUUCUGUUAAAUCA